UAUUACUCAUUGGCUGGAGCGCUGGGUUCCUAAUCUGCUGCUGGCCAUGCUUGCGCAGCCGCCAAUGGCGGAGCUGUCCGUGGGGUCGUCGUCGUCCAGGCGACAUCGGUCACCGUUGGCUACGAGGAGAAGCAGCGCAUGGGGAUGCCUUGGAGGCGAGCCGUUCAAGGUGACGCAUGGAGUUGACCUGGAGAAGACCGGAACCAUGCGGGGUGUGUUCUCUGGGGCGCCUCUCCUGGGAGUAGGCACGAUGUGCUACCCGCUUGUGCACAAGACAGGGCUUGGAUCUUUGCUUACGGUGAGGUGCUCUAGUCCGUUUGGCAAGAACUUUUACAGGUAGUGCCUAGAGCGUGUGGACACGUCGGAGAAGUAUACAUUGAAAUUCCACUUCCGUGAUGGUGAAAUCCGUGAGAUAACAAGGCGGGACGUAGAGAGAAUCAUGGGGGUUAAGUCUGGUAGUAGGAAGAUUAAGCUAGGGACACCAAAAGAUAAGGGGAAAAAAGUUGAGGCGGUACAGAAGUUGUUGAAUCUACGGAUGAACGGUAAGAGAGGCAUUAGCAUAUCAGAUCUGAAGAAAACUCUUCAGAUUUGUGAUGCUUACGGCGUGAACAAGGAGACAAGUGGGCCGAUUUUGGCAGCAUACACGUUGUUGUCUUGCUCAACUUUAGUAUCCCCACGUCCACCGAACGCAAAUGUGCCAGAUGAGCUGCUCGCUUGCGUGGCAAAACCAAAAGAAAUAUGUGAGUACGACUGGGCUGGGUACAUACUAGACGUCCUGUGAUCAAGCGCUGAUAAAUACCAACAUGAACUGAACCAGGGUACUACUGUUUCACCCCAGGGGGUUCACAUCUCUUCAUUCAGCUUUACUACCUGGAGUGGGUGGAUUUUGGUGUCCACAGUAUGUCGACGGAGUUGGUUCCCAAAAUUGGUGCGUACACCUCUGAAAAAAUGAAUGAGUUGAUCAAGAUGGACGUUGAGGACAGAGGACACCCAAUCCCUUUGUUGAAGACAAGAUCAGAGGACAGCAUGAGGCAUAGGGGGGAAAUCCAGCAUCCUGUAAUUGCUAGCUUUGCUACCUUAGCAGAGGUGUGUUGCAUGAUGUGAGGACAGUACACCAUUUAAUUGACAUUCAACACUAAUAUGUUGCUCUCUGUGCAGAGGAAAACUGGGGUUGGAGGAAUACUUGAUCAAGAGGUGGUGGAUAAGUUCAAGAAUAUAAUUUUACAACUUGCAACUGAACUGAGCGGAUCAGAAGGCGGAAAAAAACUUAGUGACAACAGGAAGACAUCGCUAGUGGAUGAAGCUCUGCUAACGGUGGAGGGCAUGAAGUCAAACAUACUUGAGCUACUACUAAAGGAGAUGGGAUAUGUAAAUAUGACAGAAAAUGAGAAGGCAUGCAAGUUGCCUAAUAAAUUUGAAAGCAUUUGAAAUUAAUUUGCAUUCAUGCCAUGUGUCACAUUUGGUUACUAAUUGUGCAGGUACAAACUAUUUCCUGGAUCUGUAGAUGAAAUGCAUCAUGUGGAAGUGGCUCCCCAAAGUGACGGUUCUGCAACGGGGGCGCAGACGGGGGCAACCAGGGUGCUCGAGCCAUGUGGUGUAGCGGAUGACGCUGCAGCGGUUUCAUACGGGACAAACUCAGAAGAUGCGGCAUUAUCACUUAUCCGAGUGAGAGAUGAGACGCUGAAAACGGGGACGGAGCCUGAGGAUGCAGACAAUGAUGGAGAAUCGCCUCCUGCGGUGGAACACCAUACAUCAGAGAGCUAUGGAUUGGUGACGGCAAGUGAUUUCAUGUCAAAUGCAAGGAUGGAAGAGGACAUUGUUGAAAUCAGAGGUAAACUGUAAGAAGAAGCAUCGCAUGGUAGUGCAGGGUCACUACUGCUGGGAAAUUGGUCGAAAUAACUAUAAUUGUUGAUCUGGCAGAUCGAGGGGACAAUGUAUCUGCAGUAGAUAAAAGUCAAGACGUAGGGCACAAGGAGAUGAAGGGAGGAAAGAAAAUGGCGACCUUGCUAAAGAGAUUAGAACCUAGGCGACCAAAAAGAAAGUGCGCUUUGUCUCAGAGAUAGCUGACAUAAUCCCCCACAUAGCGGACUUGGACAACAAAGCUGAAGGUGAGUCGGCAAAGUUUUGUUUUUUAAAUUCCUGCAUUUUGGUACAUCGAUUCAUUAGUAUGAAGUGCUUCACUCAGGAACAGGGGGCAUGGCCCAUAUGGUGGUGAACCAAGAAAAUGCUACAUGUCAAGAUGAAGAGAUGGGACAAGGUGGAGAUCAAGUAGCCGGUCCAGGUGCGACUGACUGUAAGGCCCUUAUGGUGGUGAAGCAAGAAGAUGCUACAUGACAAGAUGAAGAGGUGGGACAAGAUGGAGAACAAGAAGCCAGUUCGGGUUUGACUUACUAUAAGGCAUCACUUCCAGCAUCAGAGGGAGGUGGCGUGGUGCUGGCUUUGCCAUUUUGUGAGGACGGGCCAGUUCAGGAAUUGGAGAACUAUGUUGAAGCUGCAGUCCAUGGGAUUUCCUCUGUGGGUAAAAAUACAUGCGACACCCAAACAACAAGAGCUGAAGAUGUUUGUUCAACAGGUAUUUUUGAGCUAGUAAACUAAUUUUUUGCUGGUGAGGUUAGACAACGGCUAAUUGAUUGGAAAAUGUUUUCUGAUGCAGCAAUGUUAGUUGGUUUCCUCCACAGCUCCGAAGCUAAUUUGGCUAUCCCGGAGAAGGGAGCAGGUAAAAUGAAGUGCUUAGAUAGGAGGGUGGAAAGACAUUUGUGUAUUUCAAACUUUGAUCUGAACAUCAUGCCUGACUAUGCAGGGGUUAACCAGAUUGAAGUUGAGAAUGUACAGAUUAAGAACACCGAUGACUGCACGCUGGUUGAAGGUCAAACUUCAGGGGGGCAGGACAAGAUGUUUCUACAUUUGCCAAGGGAGCAUUGGUUCAUUUUUUUUGCACGUAGUGAAGUUGGAAAUGGAGGCAGACUUCCCUGGGAAACUAGGACUCUAUAAUGAGCAGCCACGGCCGAAGAGUGUGAUCCUUUUCUAUGAUUUGUUGAAGAAAUGUGACGAUGAAAUUGAUCUAGCAAAGAGAUGGUUUAUGCACGAGCAUCCACAAUGGAUGGUGCUGAGAGGGGAAGAUUUUGUGGAUCAAUUCGGACCCUGGGGGGAGCUAGACAGGCUAGGCAUGACAGGGAUUUGGAGAGCGCUAAAUUGGCUAGAGAACAAGAUGUAUAGAGGAGGGAAGAAUCGAUGGAGAGCUAUUCCGGACCCAAACUUGAUGGUGGAGAUUAUGAUGAAGGACCACCACAACAUGAUAGACUUUGAGUGUGUGAGGAGAAUGCUUUGUGAAGAGUACACUGGGUACAACCUUCGAAAUGUGGAGCAGCUACUAAUGUUGAUGAACGACAUGGAGAGCUGGUCAGUAUAUGCUGUGAACUUGAAGAUGAAGAAGGUGGUCAUCAUGGAUCCAUCUGAUUGCAAUGCUGAUGACUCUACAACAAAAGAUAGGCACUGGCGUAAUUUAAGUAAAUUUCUGAAGGGGUUGAUUCAUUGCAUCAACGAAUGCUUCCCGGGGUGGGAAAUGACAAGGCAGGGCUGGCAAGCGGAGUACAAAUAUGAUCUACAUGAACGUUGCUCCAGGCUACUACUGCAUCCACAUACUGAGAGAGUUCGAUGGCGACAGUCUCGCUAGCCCAGUGACAAAGGGGGCUGCAAAAUACCUACGGAAGAGCCUACCAUACCAGAUGUGCACUAUGGGGGCAAAGAGGCGGGAGCUGCCAGAGAAGAUAGAGAUGAUGAGAGCUCGACGAGCUGUUGAUCAGACCAAGGUUGUGCAUAUUGAUUAUCUCAAAUUGCAACAACCGUGAUGAAGCAAAAACUCCGCUCUAGCAAUAAAAUGUGAUAAUACCUAUGGAUAUCAGUCAGUGGUUAUGUAUGAACAUAAGACUACGUUUGGAAUGGCUGUGCUGCUUAAGACUACGUCAUUAUCUGGUUUCAUGCAAUGUAAGACUUCAAA